GUAGCCACCGCCUCGGGUGUUGAUAUCCUCCUCCAUCGCUCCCGUCAAAUAAACGGGAGGGAAAUCGGCAACCCCGAAGGUCUGCUCCUUCAUCAUCUUAACAACAUCGGCCUUCUUCAAAACCGUGCGCUUGAUCGGUGGACGGUUCCGGCGCUGAUCCCUUGUGUGGUACUUGAUGUCGAAAACGGUUUCAGGUUCGGAGGUGGGCACGAUGGCCUUCAGCUUGGUUGUGGCGGGGCACUCAAGGCGAUACUCAGUGGCUUUCGGGAUGGCAUGCUUGUAUUCCGGGUCCGCGCAAGGUCCCGUUAUCUCCCAUGGCUUUUUAAUGUAGCGACGGAGAGUUUGGAGGAGAGUGGCUCCGGCGGCAGACGCGGGUUUCGCCAUCUGUGGAUGGAUGCUGAGAUCGUCGGGAGAGAGAGAUGUUGGCUGGAGCGACCGGAAUGCGGAGGAUGA